AUGCCCAUAUUCUCAAGGUCUUCGUUCAGAACCCCCCGUAAGCCUGUGAGGCGGAAGGGCGGCUCCUUGCCCAAUAUCUCGCAGCUAGACGACACCGCAUUCUCUGUGGACAGCCUCCGCCUGGAUGGGGGACCCAUCACCAUGAAGUUGGGAGGACACGAGUUUAUCUUUGAGGACGGCCAGUGGAUCAUAGGUGGAUCUCAGGAGCCGGUGGCAACUAGAGAAAGCAGUCAGCUGCAGAAGCAGUAUCUUAAAGUACUAGAAGAGAACAAUUUGCUUAGGUACUGCAAUAGGGAGUUUGAUGAUGACAAGGUGCUCAUCUACCACCAGAAGGCCAAGCAUUUCAAGUGCCACAUAUGCCACAAGAAGCUGUAUACUGCACCAGGACUCGCCAUUCACUGCUCACAGGUACACAAGGAGACGAUAACCAAGGUGCCCAAUGCCAUCUCAGGGAAAGACAACAUUGAACUGGAGAUCUUUGGCCUGGAAGGUAUUCCAGAAGGUGAUAGAAUUGCCCAUGAGCUAGCCAUUCAAGGAGUUGCCAGGCCUUCAUUGGACGACGAACCGCCCGCCAAGAAACCUCAUCUCGGCGGAGCAGCGACGGGCAUGAUGUACACUGCCCCUGUCAUUCCUGGGAUGGGGCCUCCUGUGAUUAUGUAUGGAAUGGCCCCGCCAGGGAUGUCCCCACAUGGUCCAAUGGGAAUGCCACCAGCCCCCAGAAUGCCGCCACCAGGAAUGCAAGCUCCGCCUCCCACCAGACCACUGUUCCCUAGUGCUGGCCCUUCCACACAGCCACCUCACAGCUCUCAGCCUGGGUCUGGUGUCCCGAGACCCACAUUCCCGGCAUACCAGAACACUCCUCCGGCAUCCUCGUCGUCUGUGGCAGUAGCGCCGCCUCCUCUGGCCACCCUCCCUGACGUCCCUCUUAGACCUGUGGUCAAGGUCCCUCCGGUCGGAGCCAACAGCAAACUCGUACACCCUGAGGACGACAUCUCUAUGGAGGAGGUGCGUAGCCGUCUGCCAAAGUACCGGAAGGCCAAGCCCACAGCUCAGCUGGUAGCUCCAGCCAUGCCACUUCCUCCCCUGCACCAACAACCUCCACCUGCUCCCCUCAUGAGACCUGCAGGACCACCGCCUCCUGGACGACCCCCAAUGACAGGACCCCCUAUGAUUAGACCUGGUAUGGGCCCCCCACCCCCGAUGGGUCCCCCCAGGCCGAUGAUUCACCCGGGAAUGGGGCCUCCUCCCGGAAUGCCACCACCACCGCGAAUGCCGCCAAAUCUUGGAGCCCCACCGCCUCGAAUACACUGAUACUCUCUCUCUCCUCCAUUCUGGGGCUGUUGAAUUAUAGGACGUACUUGUGACUCUGUGUAUUAUUUAACCCUUGGUGUGCAUGCGCAGCGAGGGUUACGGUAUAAUAUUAUAAUACCGCGCAAGCGCAGUUCGCCAAGGGUUUGCACGUGUAUUCACCUGAGCCAAAGUAUCAUGUAGCUAUGGAUCAUUGAUUUGCUGCAAUGUAUUUUGGGGGCACUGGCUUGCUUAUUCCAUUCUAAACAUUUGCAACUCUGGCCGAGUCCCUCCUCUUCUUCAGGGAUUCGAGAACUCUUUCCUCUUUUGCUUCCUUGGCAGAGUUCCGUCUUAUGUACUCCAAUCUGUGGGUC